ACAUUUUUGCUAAAUUGCUGAUAAGCCUGUUGAAUUGAAGUGAAAAAAUCUAUGAUUUAUGGUAUUAAUUAGUUAUAAUUAGUUCAAUAAAAUGAAGGUUUAAGAAUUUUCCUCACCCUUUUGUUAUGUUUCAUCGUUCUCUUUUCUGAAAGUUUGAAAAUUGAUCGCACUGAAUAGAUUAAAAUAAUCACACGUCAAUCCACAACAACGAGAAUUCAUUCACUUCAUUUUGACAUGCAAGUAUCAUGGUCCUUUUGGCUGUUGAAUAUAUCGGUUAUUAUAGUGUUUCUACCCGUUUUCACGUAUUGCGACGAUCUCAAAUGUUUCAACGUACCUCCGGAAAAUUGUACUGAAGAAUUGAGAUUGAAGGAGAAAUGUAUAAAAACGUUUAGUGAUUCAGCUUCCAAACAAAUACACUGCUGUAACGUCACAAAUGAAAGUGAAAUAACAUCUUUUCUUAAAGAGCACGGAGGUUCAGACAAAAUUACGGGAUUUCAUCUGCGUUAUUCAAAUCUAACUCGUCUUCACCAAAAUGUUUUCAUCAGUUUGCAGCCUCAUCUAGUCUCGUUAUCCAUAACUGAAACUAGUAUUUUGCAGUGGCAAGGAACGUUCAACGAAAAUUGGCAGAUAAAUUGUUUCAAUUUUUCUCAUAACAUUCUGGGUAGCAAUAUUUCUUCGCAGUUUAUUGCAAAUUUAACCAAGUUGAAAAAUUUUGACAUAUCCAAUAGUAACAUAAGUGAAAUACCCGAACUUCCCGGGUUUAAUUCCAGUGAAUUCUUCCUAGACGUUUCAGGCAAUUUACACAUGGCAUGCGGCGGGUUAGUAAGAUUGACUACGGAUAAAAAAAAGACGAAAAAAUCGCUUACAUUUGUGAACAAAAAUGAAACCACAUGCGUACCUCCCGAUGCUCUUUCGGUUAAAAUCAAGUUGGAGGAUGUGGAAAGAGGUGUUUCUAGUACUUUCGAUAACUGUCCGGAAUUCAACAAUAGGAAAUGCGAAUGUUCUGUAGCUUCGUUGGAUCAAACUAAAAACGACAAGGAUGCAGUCGUAGAGGUUGAAAGACCUUAUUACGUGUAUCAAAGUUUAGUCAAUUGUUCAAAUUUAGGAAUGAAUUCAUUACCGACUACUCUUCCUCCUUAUACACGUAUACUCGAUGUUAGUAGCAACAGUAUAACAAGUCUUGAAGGGAUAGGAAACGAAACCUUCAGCAGUCUUACGGAAUUAUACGCUGAUAAUAAUCAAAUCAAAACGCUGAAGCAUCUUGAAGCAACUGACUUUUUGGGCAUGUUUCAACAGCUUACAGUACGAAAUAAUAGUAUCGAUCAAAUUCAAGAGUACUUAUUUUCAAAUGUUUUCGAUCGAAGUUCUGGUGGAGGAAAGCUUAUGCUAGCGAAGAAUUAUUUCAAAUGUGAUUGCACCACCGCUUCUAAAAUUAAGAUUUGGCUCAUGGCUAAUAGAAAAAAUGUGCCGGAUUUUGAUCAGAUUUACGCCAACUGCGAUAACUAUCAAGUCAAGGUGAUUGAUUUGAAUCCGAAAAAUCUUUGUGCAAAACCACAUACGUUUAAAGAUUACAUUCGCUAUAUAAUCGGAUUAGAAGUACUCAUGUUUGUUUUACUGAUCGGUAAAGUGUCGUAUGAUUAUUACGUUUUUAAAACAGCCGGAUACCUUCCUUGGCCAGCGUCUAAAAUGCCCAAAUUACCUUGCGAUUGGUGUUUUGAAACGUGAAACGAAUCUUCAUUGGCUUAUUAACGUUUACAGUUUUUCAUUUUGAGCUUCAGCUACCUUCACUUUGGCGUGAAAAGUUUUCUCACGAUGUUUUAUAAAUUUUACGUCUUUGAUGAUUCGACUUUUCAACUUUCAUUAGUUAAAAGGAAAUUUUUGCGUCCCAACUUUUGUGUAGAAUACUCUAUUACGUCAUUGAUUCGUUGUAUCCCUUUCGUUUUUAUACAUUAUUUUUUAUUCGAGGAAAUAAAUUUAACUGUGUGAAGACACUUCCGAACCGAAGUUUAUGAAGAAGAGAAAGAAUUUUCGAACAUAUCGUAAUUUAUCAAAGAGCAGUUAAAUCUGUUUGUAUGCCAUCUUUUGAAAUUUACAAGAUCUCGUUAUUUUAUUUUACUUUCAAGCUGUUAAAAUGUGCCAUUUCAUAUUUUAUUUUGAAAAAAAAAAUGUAAUAUAUAAAUCAAAUACUUAGUCUAUACUCUACAAAAAAUUUUAGGAAUAUGAAAAAUUUGGCUGGUGGGUCCAAUAAUAAUUGUCAAACUAGCGAUGAUGUAGAAAAAUGAAAGAACUGCGUCCCAUAAUUUUUGUUUGUAUCAGCACUAAAUUUUUGAACAGCCGAAUUUCCUGACUUGGGCUUUUAUAGGUUGGUUUUUGAAAUCACCUAUUAUUCUUUAUUCACAUUUUUUCCAUGUCUAUUGAAAUGAAACAUAACGUAGUUGAUUCCAAUUAUCAUAAAACAUUAAAAAUGCUCCAAGUACGAAAGUAAAAUGAACUGUUUCAAUUUUUUCAAAUUUACAGUAUAAAAAAUCAAGUCAAUUCCAAAGAAAACUUGUGAUGGGUUGAAAUUUUAUUCGCCUAAGAAACAAAAUUUUGAACUUAUGUACCUACUUUUAAUACUUAAUUUUUAUUGUUGUAAUUUUAAGAUUUAAUCAAGCUCAGCUAUUAUGCAUUUCAGUUAGUUCUAAGUAUUAUUAUUAUUUUUUUUAAUACCUUUACCUGAGUAAUGAGUAUACUUAUACUUGUACCAGUUGUACCUACCUAUUUAUAGUUACCAAAACUUUUUUAAUUAUAAUUUUACACCACCGUUUUAAAAAAAAAAGGAUAUAAUCUUACAUUGAAAAUCGAAUUCGCACAUGACAGAUUUUCGCGUGCCUAAAUUAUCUAAUCCUUAAGCGCAUACUCUGUUUUUAUAUAAAAUGUUAUUUUUAUACUUUUUUCUUUUACUUAUCGACAUUUUUUUUUGUUAUUUUUACGAGCAAGGUUUUUUCCAAUUUAUAGUUUUUGACGACAAUUCUGCACCGAUUGUUUUCUCGUGUGUUACUUUUAUCAUAUUUUUUAUGUAUUGUCCUGAAUGGAAAAUAUACCUACCUGUACCGAUUA